CGCAAGUGUGUGAGUGGUGUGCGUUCCACAGGCCAGGUGGUCAGGAUGGGCAAGCUGAAUGUCUUACUCCUGCGAUACUUAUCCAGAGAUGAUUUUCGUGUCCUUACAGCGGUUGAAAUGGGCAUGAAGAACCAUGAGAUUGUGCCAGCAAGUUUAAUCGCCUCAAUUGCGAGCCUGAAACACGGAGGCUGUAAUAAAGUUUUGCGAGAGUUGGUAAAACAUAAGCUUAUUGCUUAUGAUCGCACAAAAACUGUCCAGGGCUAUCGUCUAAUAUACGGAGGGUACGAUUACUUGGCUUUAAAGACACUUUCUUCUCGUGAUGUUGUCACUUCAGUUGGAAACCAGAUGGGUGUCGGGAAAGAAUCAGAUAUUUACAUUGUGGCAAAUGAUGAUGACAAACAGAUGGCGAUAAAACUUCACAGACUCGGAAGGACAUCCUUUCGCAACCUGAAAAACAAGCGUGAUUAUCACAAGCACAGACACAAGAUGUCCUGGCUUUAUCUGUCCCGUCUGGCCGCCAUGAAGGAGUUUGCCUAUAUGAAGGCCUUGUAUGACAGAGGGUUCCCGGUUCCCAAACCUUAUGACUACAACAGACACGCAGUUGUUAUGGAACUUAUUAAUGGAUAUCCUUUGUGUCAGAUCCAUCAGGUUGAAGAUCCAGCAUCGCUGUAUGAUGAAUUAAUGGAGCUUAUUGUCAAGCUUGCUAAUCACGGCUUGAUCCAUGGUGAUUUCAAUGAGUUUAACCUCAUGCUCGACGAAGAGGACCGCGUUACAAUGAUUGAUUUCCCGCAGAUGGUCUCCACAUCUCAUGCAAAUGCUGAAUGGUAUUUUGACAGAGAUGUUAAAUGUAUUAGAGAUUUCUUCUUAAAGCGAUUCAACUAUGAAAGUGAACUCUACCCAACUUUUCAAGAUAUCCAGAAAGAAUGUUCUCUGGAUGUGGAAAUUGCUGCAAGUGGCUUCACGAAGGAAAUGCAAGAGGAUGAUGACCUGCUGCACCCCGUGGGACCCGGUGAAGAGGACGACGAGACCGGAACUCAAUGCAGUCUGCUUGCAGGAGAAUCACAUGGAUCGGCUGCCAAUGAUGUGGACAGAAGUACCUCAGAGCCACCAGAGAACUCGCCUCCUGACAACUUGGCUCGUAAUUGCGAGAGAGCUGCAGAGGAGAGGGAUUUGGAGACGCAAGCGCUAGACAUGGCAGACUUUACAAAAGCCAUGGCAGAACUUGAGGGACAUCCUGCUGGCGAUGCAGCGAAUAGCAGUAUGAAAAAUGAAAUUAAAGAAGGGGAUGAGGAUGGUAGUUGUAGCGGAGAUGAUGAUGAUGAUGAUAACAACUCGGACGAAUGUCAAGAUGAAUGUCCAGAUCUAGUGGACCUAUCUGGAGCCAACAAAGAAUACAGACCAUUCAGGGAUGAAGAGAGCCUGUGCCAUAUCAGUGAACACAGAAUAAGGACAACAAGUGUAUCGUCAUUGGCCUCCGUAGGAAGCUGUUCUACCAUUCCACCCGAAUUGAUAAAACAGAAGAUGAAACGUCAGCUAACAAAGCAGCAAAAAGCAUCCAUCAGGAGACGACUACAAAAAGGAGAAGCUAAUGUGUGCACCAAGCAGCGCAGGGAAAACAUGUACAACAUUAAAUGGAGCGUGGAUGCCGCAAGCUUCUGGGGAUAGAAUCAGAAGGGCAGCCUAGCAAUGCUUAUUGAUCUGCAGAAAGAACCCGCACAACUGAAACUGUAAUAAUAUCCACAUCACAGAAAAACCGACAAAACUGCAAUAAAAUAGUGAUGUUUCUUACAAA